UGAAAUAUCUCUUCUUCUAUCCAGUUGGUUACAGUGUGUACCUAUUGCCUACUCUAAGUUGCAGUGACCCUGGAACCCCCCUCUCUCCCCACUUUCUGUUUGCACUGGACUAAGCCAACCCCUGGAAAGAUGACAAAGCCCUCGAGUUAUAGUAGUACAUGGCCCAGUUCCAUGGCCAGCAUCCCAAUCAGCCUCAGGAUCUUCUCCAGCUUGAAGUGUCUCUGUAAGCAUUGGGACUGAGUGUCCCUAUACUUAUCCACCUCUGCAAUCAGAUCAGCUUAUAAGUCUCCAGGGAAAGGCUGUGCAGGGCGCACCCAGCCUGUGACUCUCCCGCUGGCCUCAGCUGACUCUAUUCAGACAAUGUCAUCCUCUGUCUCCCAGAGACUCCUUUGGCUAGCAGGCCUGUGCUGCCUUUUCUCUGGCUCCCAGCCUCAAGAUUCCCUGGAGAGAGAUGAGGAAGAACCUGACUAUGGAUCUCGGAACUAUGGGUUUUGCGAAAGCGUCCACUACAACAUCUUCCGGCUUACCUUCACCUUGUAUCAGAAGUCUGAUAGUUGGACAAAAGAUACCAACAUCUUAUUCUCCCCAGUGAACAUCAUUGUUGCCUCUUUAAUCAUCUCCCUGGGAGCCAAAAAUAAUACCCACAACCAGAUCCUGGAGGGAUUGCAGUUCAACAUUACAGAACCAACAUUGUACACUCUAAUAUGUAUGAAGCAGCUUCUGCAUAACCUCCUGAAAAACCACAAGCCACAGUACCUAACCAUAAAGAGCAGCAUAUUCCUUGACCAGAAUCUGAAGCUGGUAGACUUUUUUGCAAAUGCGAUCCAUUGGCUGAGCUCAAUAAAACCCAUUCCUGUCAACUUCAAUGACACCUACAGAGCCCAAAAACAGAUCAACGAGUAUGUGGAGGAUGAAACCCAAGGGAAAAUAGUGGGAUUGUUCAAGGAUCUGGAGAAAGACAAAGCUUUUGUUCUGAUGAAUUACAUCUUCUUCCGAGGCAAAGAGUAUGAUGAAACCGAGGCUGAACACACCUUGGAAGAGGACUUCCAUGUGAACAAGUACAGGACCGUGAAAGUGCUCAUGAUCAAUCGCCGAGAUAGAUAUCUAUUGUACCGAGAGGAAGAGCUGUCCACCUGGGUGGUGGUAAAUCCUUAUAGGAAUGAAGUCACCGCCAUCUUCAUGUUGCCUGACCAGGGGAAGAUGAAGAGACUAGAAGAAACCCUGAGUCAAAAUUACUUCGAAAAUAUCAUGAGUCUCCUCAAAGUAAGAACUGCAAAUGUGUACUUUCCCAAACUGGCUAUGUCCACAACCUAUGACCUGGAGAUCAUCCUGAGCACACUGGGCAUCACCCAGGCCUUCAGCAAUGAGGCUGACCUCUCAGGGAUCACACAGGAUGCUCCCGUGAAGCUCAAUAAGGCUUUGCAGAAGACUGUACUGACCUUCAGCAACAAAUCAACGAAAGCCACAAGGAACACCGGUUUGAGUGAGGGGAACUUGACUAAGAUCCCCACCAUCCGUUUCGACAAGCCCUUCCUAGUUUUCAUUAAAAAUGAAGUCACCGGUGUGCCCCUCAUUGUGGGAAGAGUGACAAAUCCCACAGAAAAUAGUAGCCUCUAAAUUCCAGUCAUCCUCACCACCCUGUCCCAGCAUGUCCCCUCCCUGCUGACAUUAAACACAGGAUAGUUUCACUCACUCCUGAGUGUGACCAGCAAA